CUUUUUCUUCUUUGAGCCUCCAAAUCUUUUACCUCUACUUCCCCAGAUCCAUGCUCUCCAUGGAUCCCUCCCAAGAAACCCAUAUCAUUGAUCAAGCUACUUCAGACCAAAAAGAUGAUGAUCAUCGUCAUCACCAUUCAAACUCCACGAACCCAUUUGCUCAAAUGAUCCAGCAACCCUUCCAAUGGCUCCAAAUGCUCUCUUCAGAACUCAACCCGACUUUUGUCUUGGGUGUGGUCAUCGUCUAUGGCCUCAGCCAAGGAUUUUCAGGCUCUUAUUUCAGAGUGGUCACAGACUUCUACUGGAAAGAUGUCCAGAAAGUCCAACCCUCAGUUGUGCAGCUCUACAUAGGCUUGUACUACAUCCCAUGGGUCAUGAAGCCCAUUUGGGGCUUAUUGACUGACGUUUUUCCAGUUCAAGGCUAUAGAAGACGACCCUAUUUUGUGCUAGCAGGACUUACAGGGAUCAUUUCAGCUCUCAUGGUUGCACUAAGUGACAGCUUGGCUGCUGCUGUGGCCUUGACUUGUUUGAUUGGUGUCAUGGCAAGUGUGGCGAUUGCGGACGUGAUCAUUGAUGCUUGUAUUGCAAGGAAUAGCAUUGAGAUCCGAUCGUUGGCCUCGGAUAUGCAGAGCCUUUGUGGGUUCUGCUCCUCUGCCGGAGCUUUGGUUGGGUACUCUACAAGUGGGUUUUUUGUUCACCAUCUUGGUGCUCAGGGUGCAUUGGGUCUUUUGGCAAUCCCACCAGUCUUUCUGACUGUACUGGGCUUUGUUAUAUAUGAAGAAGGAUCAACCAGCCUUCGUUCUGAGAAAAAGAAGGUAGUAGAGGAAGCAGGAGUGGCAAUAAGGGGCAUGUACAAAACAAUAAAAUGUCCUCAGGUGUGGAAGCCUUCCCUUUACAUGUACCUAUCUUUGACUCUAAGCAUUAGCACUCAUGAAGGCCAGUUUUAUUGGUACACCGACCCUACAGCUGGUCCUGCUUUCUCUCAGGAGUUUGUUGGGAUGAUAUAUGCAGUUGGUGCAAUGGCUUCAAUAGUAGGGGUUCUGAUCUACCACAAGACUCUAAAAGACUACCCCUUUAGAAACCUACUCUUCUUUGCUCAACUUCUCUACGCCAUAUCAGGCAUGCUCGAUCUCACAUUCAUCCUAAGGUGGAACUUAAUUCUGGGCAUUCCUGACUACUUCUUCGUCAUCAUGGAAGAAUGCGUUUCUCGAAUUGUUAGCAGAAUUCGAUGGAUGCCCAUGAUCGUAUUGAGCACAAGGCUUUGCCCUUUAGGCAUUGAAGGCACAUUUUUUGCGCUGUUGAUGUGCAUUGACAGCCUUGGCUCACUGUCCUCUAAAUGGGGUGGAGGGGUGGUUCUUCAUGCCUUGAAUGUCACAAGGACAGAUUUUACAAACUUAUGGCUGGUCAUUCUCAUUAGGAAUGUGUUGAGGUUUUCAACACUUGCUUUGAUAUUUUUGGUUCCCAAGGCUGAUCAAUUUGAUGUGUUGAUUCCUUCUGAUCUUUUGACCAAAAACUCUGCUGUUACUGCUGUAGAUGAUGAGAGCUUGGAACUGGUUCCAAUGAAGGAGAAAAUUGAAGUUUAGGUGCUCAUUUUUUUAUAGGUUCAGAUGUAAAGAAUUAGCCUCAUACAUUGUGUUGUACAAAAUCUUAAAGAUGUUUACACAAUAAACUUGCU